AUGGUGAUGAUGAGUACCUCUGGGAACUUGGAAGUAGAUGUUGCAACAAAUGAUGAUUACAUCACAAAGGCCUUCAUAGCAGAUGGUGAUAUUCAGCAUGCACAAACCAGAAGGAAACUAAUAUUCAACAACUCCGGUUUCAUAAGCAUAGACUGUGGUGAGUCAGAAGAUUACACCGAUCCAUCCAGCGGUAUAUUUUACCAGACAGAUGCAGAAUUCAUUGGUACCGGAAAAAACAAGCCGAUAUCGUCAGAAUCAAUGACUCUUGCACCUUACGAUCGACGAUCAAAGAACUUGAGAAGUUUUGACGAAGGAAUAAAGAACUGUUACACCCUGCCAAAACCUAGCCAAGGCAAAGACGAUAAGUACCUGUUAAGAGGUUCCUUCAUGUAUGGGAAUUACGACGGCAAAAAUGAGAUUCCGAAAUUUGACCUGUAUCUUGGUGUUAAUUUCUGGGUGACGGUGGAGCUGGAGAAGGUACUGUCGUACUUCUAUGAAGAGAUUAUAUUUGUUCCGGCGACGGAUUUGAUAUAUGUGUGCCUUGUAAACACUGGUUCUGGAAUUCCGUUCAUAUCUGCGUUGGAACUGAGGCUGUUGGACAAUCCCAUUUAUGCUGAGUUGGGACCGAGUCUACAAACCGCACACCGAUAUGAUGUUGGAUCUAACCAGUCAGUCAGGUACAAAGAUGAUGUUUAUGAUCGCAUCUGGAAUACUGGAGGAUUCGAUGGUUAUUAUCCAAUCAAAAUCCAAGACCAAGAGUCCAUCGACACGCAGAAUAGCGCAACUGCUGAUAAACCUCCGGAGAAAGUAUUGAGCACAGCGAUCAAGGCACAAUCUGCUGGUGAUGCCAUAGAUUAUAAGUGGAAUCCUACAGACCCCAAUUCUGAUAGUUAUGUCUAUCUUCACUUUGCUGAAAUUGAGGUUCUACCCAAUGGAACGCAGCGGAAGCUCUACAUUUCUUUAAAUGGUGAACCUUACCCAGGUGAACAACCUAUUAAACUCGAAUACCUAAAGGCAACCACCGUAACUACCUCAAAAUGGCCAAUCAAAGGUGCCCAACUUAGUUUUUCUAUAAGCACGGGCGCGGGUUCUGACCUACCUCCCAUCCUUAAUGGCUUGGAAAUUCUUCAGGCGAAGAGCCUCCUUCUUUUGCCGACAAAUCAGGAAGAUGUUGAUGCCAUCAUGAACAUCAAAAAGAAUGUGACAGCGGAGAAAAAAGAUUGGCAAGGAGACCCAUGUCUCCCAAUCAAUUACACAUGGCAGGGUUUGCAUUGCAGCGAUGAAAAUCCUCCAAGGAUCAUCUCAUUGAACUUGAGCUCAAGCGGACUGUCUGGGGAGAUCUUGCCUGUAUUCUUCAAUUUCAAAUCAAUACAAUCUUUGGAUCUAUCGUCCAACAACUUGAGUGGACCACUGCCAGGAUUUUUAGAGCAACUGCCAUUUCUAAAUAUGCUUAAUUUAUCGGGAAACAACCUCACAGGUUUCAUCCCCCAGGCUCUACAGCAAAAAGUCAAGGAUAAAACAUUGUUGUUAAGAGUGGACAAAAAUCCAAAUCUUUGUCUAACGGAUUCAUGCGAAAAGACGGUUGUGUUCUGCAAUGCAAGCAUGGACGAAAAUCCAAAAGUUUGUCAGACAGAUUCACGCAAAAAAAAGACGACAGAUCUUAUUCCAGUUCUUGUACCCAUUGUAUCGGCAUUGAUCCUGCUCCUUUUAGGUGGUCUUGCCAUCUUUUGGACUCUCAAAAGGAAAAAAAGGGGAGAAAUGGUGGUUGUUGAAGCUGGCAAAGAGGGAUCAGUUAAGUCAAAAACCCGAAAGUUUACCUUUUCUGAGAUUGUGAGCAUUACUGGCAACUUUGAAAUAGUUAUAGGAAGAGGAGGAUCCGGAACAGUUUAUCAUGGCCGCUUGAAAGAUGGCACUCAAGUUGCUGUGAAAAUGCUCUCUCCAUCAUCAACCCAAACAAAGGAAUUCCACACUGAGGUACAACUCUUGAUGAGAAUUCAUCAUAGAAACUUAGCUACACUUAUAGGGUAUUGUGAUGAAGGUACUAAUAUGGCACUCAUCUCUGAAUACAUGGCUAAUGGAAAUGUGAAGCAGCAUCUAUCAGGUAUCAUUAUAUGUUGUUAUAACGCUCAGCCAUAG